GCCCCCGGAACAUGGCGGCGGCGUGAGGCGGGCGGCGGCAGGAGCGGCUUGACAGGACGCCGCGGACUUGCAUCCCGCCCGCCCGGGAGGCUGAGCUGAAGACAGAGAAGAUGUAGCUGAGUGUAGAGACAAUUUCAUGCAGGAAACUGUUGUGCUGAAAGGAAGAAUUAACUGGUCUUUCAACUUCAGCCUUUUUAUUGUGAGAGGGGAGAUCACAGACGUGUUACCAUGAGGAGAACAGCAGCGAAAGAUUCAAAGAAUAUUAAAAAAGACAAAGAUGGAAAGAAUCAGCAGGCAAACAACCCAUCUUUAAAAAGUGAACAAUUUAAUUGGGAUGAUUAUCUGAAAGAGACUGAAUCAGUAGCUGCCCCCCUGCAUUGUUUCAGACAGUCUAGAAUUCCACCCAAGAACGAUUUCAAAGUUGGUAUGAAACUGGAAGCGCACGAUCCUCGCAAUGUUACCUCAGUUUGUAUAGCUACAGUAAUUGGAAUCACGGGUGCCAGGCUAAGGUUGCGGCUGGAUGGAAGUGACAACAAAAAUGAUUUCUGGAGGCUUGUGGAUUCCUCGGACAUACAGCCCAUCGGGACCUGUGAAAAGAAAGGGGGCAUGCUCCAGCCUCCUCUUGGGUUCCAGAUGAAUGCAUCCUCUUGGCCAAUGUUUCUCUUAAGAACUCUCAAUGGAGCUGAAAUGGCACCUGCAGCAUUCUUUAAGAAGGAACCACCAAAACCUGUGCCAAACUGCUUUAAAGUUGGAAUGAAACUUGAAGCUAUAGAUAGAAAGAACCCAUACCUGAUUUGCCCAGCAACCAUUGGAGAUGUUAAAGGAGACGAAGUUUUUGUUACAUUUGAUGGUUGGAGGGGAGCAUUUGACUAUUGGUGCAGGUGUGAUUCUCGAGAUAUUUUCCCAGUCGGAUGGUGUAGCUUGACAGGAGAUGCAUUACAACCACCAGGGAACAAUGAAGAUGUAACUUCAGUGGACCUGGCUGGAUGUCAGGUUUCCAUUACAAAGAGCAGUGCAAAAAUCCAAUCUUCCCCUUCCAAAGUGACCCGGCGUUCAAUGCAGUCUCCACAGAAAUCUGCUCCAGUACCAGCGCAGCGGGGCAGGAAACCAGGUCGGGGCAAACCCCCUGGACAGUCUGCAGUUCCCAAGAAGGGCAGGUCUCCUAAAAAUAUUCCCCUGACAAAAAGCACCUCUCAUACUGAAAAUCCUAAAACAAGGAAAAAAAGUUUAAAACCUGGAAAAAAGAAAAAAAUCUUGCCAGAACAAGUGACUCCUACAUCUCCUUCUCCUCAGUCAUCUCCUGAGGGGGAAAAUGGCACUACCCAGAUACUUAAAGAUGGAAUCAGUUUGUCUGGUGCAACUGCAGCAGUUAUAUCCACAGUGUGUGUUUAUGUGAACAAACAUGGAAAUUCUGGGCCUCACCUGGAUAAGAAGAAAGUUCAGCAGCUUCCAGACCAUUUUGGACCAGGUCCUGUCAAUGUGGUACUUCAGCAGGCUGUACAGGCUUGUGUGGAUUGUGCCUAUCAAGCCAAAACAGUCUUUGGAUUUCUGAAAUCUGGUCAUCAUGGAGGGGAAAUGAUAACUGCUUCCUUUGAUGGGGAAAAGCAUGCCAUCAAUCUUCCUUCUGUAAACAGUGCAUCGUUUGUCCUACGCUUCUUGGAGAAACUCUGCCACAGUCUGCAGUGCGAUAAUCUCUUCAGUAGCCAGCCUUUCAGCCCUUACAUGGGAUGUGCACAUAGUCCCAUGGAGUACGAUAGGAAUAAGCCAGCCAAAGAAGAAAUACCUGAAAACAGGAGUGCUAAACGAUACCCUCAGGACUCUCCACCAUACACUGCUCCUCUUUCCCCUAAGCUUCCCAGAAACGAUGCUCAUCCAUCUGAAGCAGAAACAUUGCCUAUAGAGGAAAACAGCACUUCCAAAGAACACCGAUUUUCUGAGGAUUCUAUGGAUUCUGCACUUAAUUCUGUAAAUCCGUCAAACCCAACCUGUCGAAAUUCCACAGAGUACCGCACUUCAGGAAAUGCUGCAUAUUACAGAAAUUCCCAUCAGCCAGCAACUGCUACCUCAAAUUCAGCCCCAGUCCUGCGCAGGCUGCCCCUGUGCUCUGCUGGGAGCAGUGGUUACUAUGAAGUCAGUAGGAAUCGGAUACAGAGGAGGAUUGAAGCUGCAAGUUCCACAACUGGACCAGAUUUGAAUUCACUAAAAAGGGAACCUUCAAGAAUAUUAAAUAAGGAUCCUUCCACUUGGUCAAUAGAGGAAGUAGUACGUUUUGUGAAAGAAGCUGAUCCACGGGCACUGGCUCCACAUGCAGAACUCUUCAGGAGACAUGAAAUUGAUGGGAAGGCACUGCUGUUACUGAGGAGUGAUAUGAUAAUGAAAUACAUGGGACUGAAGCUGGGGCCUGCCCUGAAGCUGUGCUACCACAUUGAACGGCUUAAACAAGGAAAGUUUUAGCCAGUGGGGAUACCACAAACACGUGUGCUCAGAUCACACCAAGCUCUCAGGUUCACAGCCAUGGCCUUCAUUUGAAACUCUUUUGCUGAUAUAAACUUUUAUUUUUUGAAAAUGCUCUCGAAAUGUAAAAGACACAUUCAGGAUAAAGGCAGGGAGGGAUUUGUAUUACAUUCUAGUAUUUUUGCAAACUGUUUCACAGAAAAUUGGCAGGGAAGGACAAUUGAUCAUACUGGGUGUGGGCAGGUCUGGUAACAAUGCUCUCCAAAUCCUGAAAAGUGUGUUCUGUGUUACAGGCUUCAGCCAGUGUGUUCAUAUCCAGAACCAAAACAGCUGAAUCCCAAAGGGAAAUAAUAAAUUAAACCAGCAUCAGGUGUUAAUAAUUUUUUACAGGAGUGGCUGUAAACUUUUAUCUUGCAAGAAAAUCUUAAAAUAGAAGAUCUCAUCUCUGUAGUGAAUAUUCUGGUCAUUCAGAAGAGAGGAAGGGUUAUGGAAGAGAGGGCUUAAUACAAAUAUAAGCUUUUAUAAAGUGUGAUUAUCAGUCCUUUGGGAAGUUAUGAGGACAAAUGUAUCAUAUAUUGUCAGUUUAGGCAGGCAGUAAAUAUUUCUGUUUCAUGGAAGGUCAUAUUGGCUGUAUAAACAGCCAUUUCUGGGACAGACGGAUUUCACUGGAACAAUGCAUCCACAUAUUAAACAUUCCAUCUUUUUGCUAAGUUUGGCAUGGAUGUGUGUGUUCAUGCUUUUUAUAUGUACAUGUGUAUGUGUCAGGGAAAUACACACUAUAUAAAAAUAUACAUACACACUGUACAUAUAUUUUCAGUUUUUUUAAUGUGUACUUUGCACUGUGCCAGAGAGAACUGUACAAUUUCUUGUUGUUUUUUUUUACCAGUAAAUUUACUUGUAUAUUACUUUCAUUAGUACCUGUUUAAUUUGUUCUUGAGUCAGAAGGUGACAAACAAUCAAAAGGUGUCUUUAUUCAUACAGGCAAGAUCCCUGUACUAUGCAAUAAUCCUGGUUAUUCAUCCCUUAACUCUGAGACAUAUAUUCUGAUGAGUAUUUGGAAAGACACAUUUGGUUCCAAUGUUUGGGGUUUAUAUUUCCUGUGAGGAAGUGCUACUAUGUAACUGAUAAACCUUUUUUUGGGUAAAAUUGGUGCUGUUUGUAUAAGCUGCAAGAAUGAGUGGUGAUAAUAAAACAGUUUGUUGUCACUGCCAGUUGUAAAAUACAUCAGGGACAAAAAAAAAUAUACUUUCUGCUUAGGAUACUGAAUGUACUAUAUGUAAUAGUCAAGUGAUAAAAACUGUUUGUUAGGGAAGGUGUAGUCCUAAAAUGGUAGGAUUUAUUAUAUUUCUUAAUGCCUUUUUAUAUGAAAGCGUAUAGUAUAAAUGUAUUUUUUACAAAUUCCUUUUUUGAAAAUUACUUUCUUUACCCAUAGAUUGAUACUUACCAGAUUUCAGCAGAGGUACUGCUAGAAAACAGUGAAUUUUGUGACCUACAAGUCCAAGCAUUUUGUUAUUUUAAGUGACUGCAAUGCAAUUUCAAUUCAGAAAGUCAUUUGGGCCCUGAGAAUUGUUUUUGUUAUUACAUCAUUAGACAUUUGACACUAAAGUUUAUCUGUAUCGAUUUGUUUUGCAUAUCUUUUGUGGUGCAUGUAUACUUAGAUGAAUAAUACAGGCAUGCUCUUUAUAGUAAGAAAAGGUCAGAGCACUGAUUGAAGAAACAGAAUAUUUUCUCUUGGUGUUAAAAAAGUCAUGACUUAACUUCCAUAUAGUUACACCAAAAAUUAUAUAUUAAGGAAAACAUCAUGCACCAUGUGUUCAGUGUCUUGUUUAUACAUAUAUAUAAUUGUAUACUACUUCUUCUAUGCUGAUUUUGGGCUCUUCAGCAUAAAAAGAUCUCAUACAAUUUAGGUGGAAGUAAUUGACUGUAAACAGUUUUCCUUUUUUACAUUGCCCUGGCAUAAAAAAAAAAAAACAAAGAUGUUUAAAUUUUCUGUUUGGUCUUUAUGGAAUGACAUUUUUGUACAUGGCACUAUUAAUGGGUAUAAAUAUUUGUUCAAGGGUUUCUGUGCACCCGUGUGCACAAAGAUAACUGUGAUGUUGCUGUACCAGAAUUUCUCCAUGUGCUGUAGCGUGAGAUUCAAGCAUUCAGAGUCUUACAGCAGAAUA